UCGCCAUUUGCUAGUUAAAUGUUUACAUUCCGUUCUUGGCAUGAAAAUGUUGUAAAUAUUACUAAUAUGUACUAAUUAUUAGUUAUACAUGUAUAGUCUUUAUUAUGAUCAACAAUUUAUUAUAAGGCGAAAGUUUAGUUUUCCAUGCUCAUGUGAUGCGGAUCGGCACCCGAUCGGCCAGCGCACUCCACCUGUGCUCGGUUCUCUGCCUUCUAGUCAGCAACUUGUAUCUUGUGGGCAGUGCAGACACGCGACCUGGCGGAGGCGACGGCGGCGAUGACGAUGGCGUGCCGUGCGACAGUGUGGAGUACCAGUCGUUGCGUGUAGAUUUCGCGUCGUCCGUCGUCGACAAUGUGCAGAACGUCGACCUUGUCGGAGGCGACGACGCAGAUGACAUGGCCGUCGUGCGACAGUGUGGAUGCGCUGCGCCGCAAGCCUGCUGCAGGAUUUCCAGCAGCGACUUCGAUGUACUCAAGGUGCGGGAGGGCAGUGCUGACGUCAUCGCCGCCCUCGCGCGACUCCCCCUCGUCAAGCAGGUCACGCCGCAUCGCAUGGUGACGCGCACGCUCAAGCUGGUCGCAGACGCGGGUCAGGACGCUGGGCCGGACGCGGGGCCGGAUGGGGGUCAGGAGGCUGGGCCGGACGCGGGGCCGCGGCACACGCGGCCGCCGCCGUGCAACGCCACGGAGGACGGGCCGUGCUGGGAGCAGACGCUCAACUUCCGCGGCCGCUCGAGUCUGUCGCUGGCGACGGCGUUCUGGCACGCGACGGGACGUCACACGAGCAGACGCCUGCUCAGGGCCGUGCCACGACAGAUCACUAGUGCCCUACAUGCAAACAUGCUGUGGGACAUGGGUCACAAGGGGGCAGGUGUUAGGGUCGCCAUCUUCGAUACGGGCUUGAGUGAGACGCAUCCACACUUCAAGAAGGUCAAAGAAAGGUCGGACUGGACCAACGAGAAGACUGUCACAGGGAAAAUACUAGAUAAGCCCACCUGGCAUCCGUACAUCCCGCAGUUCGGUAACUACAUCGACGUGUCGAUCUCCUACUCCAGCGUGCUGUGGCCGUGGUCCGGCUACCUCGCUGUGUCCAUCUCGGCGACACCGGCCGCAGAGUCCUGGGAGGGCACCGCCGCCGGCCACAUCGAACUGACCGUCGAAUCUCCGCCCCAGGGUGAUGAGGUGGAUCCUCGCAUGUCCGUCCUGAAGCUGGCCAUGAGGGUGAAGAUUGUGCCGACUCCUCCACGCAGCAAGCGUCUGCUGUGGGACCAGUACCACAACCUGCGCUACCCGCCCGGAUACUUCCCCCGAGACAACCUGCGCAUGAAGAACGACCCCCUCGACUGGAAUGGUGACCACAUCCACACGAACUUCAAGGACAUGUACCAGCAUCUGCGAAGCAACGGCUACUUUGUGGAGGUGCUUGGAGCUCCGUUUACGUGCUUCGAUGCCAAGCAGUAUGGCGCCCUCAUGAUCGUCGACGCAGAGGAGGAAUACUUUCCGGAGGAGAUCAUUAAGCUGAAGAGGGACAUAGACGAGGGUCUGGCUGUGCUGGUGUUUGCUGACUGGUACAACACCACCGUCAUGAAGAAGGUCAAGUUCUAUGACGAGAACACAAGGCAGUGGUGGAUGCCAGACACAGGUGGCGCUAAUGUUCCAGCGCUGAACGAGCUACUGGCGCCGUGGGGCAUGGCGUUCAGUGGUGUCUACGAGGGGGAGUUCACACUCGCAAACCACGACAUGUACUACGCAUCUGGAACAAGCAUCGCUAAGUUCCCAGAGGGAGGCAUUGUGGUUAGGCAAACGCUCAAGGAUCAGGGUUACGAGGUGAUCAAGGGAGAGACGGAGACAGCAGACGGGGUCGCCGUGCUAGGCCUGUACCCCACCGAGGAACCGCGGCUCAAGCCGCAGGCCGGACGCAUUGUCCUGUACGGCGACUCCAACUGUCUGGACAGCAGCCAUCUCCAGAAGGACUGCUACUGGUUACUGGAUGCGCUCCUGCAGUUUACAACGUACGGCAAGAUCCCACCGGCAUUCAAGAACUUUGCGGGCACAGCGCUGCCACCUGUUGUCAACGUGCCACAACGGAUGCCAGAUAAUCGCCUCCACCAGUAUUCGAAGGUUCUGGCCAAUCAGCUCGGAGCCCCGCAGCCACGCCCCCUGCCGGCGUGUCCGCACCUCGUGUGGACUCUGGCAGAACCGCUGAACGAGUCGGCACCAACCAACUUCUACAAGCACAACAAGCUGCUGUCGGUCGAGGUCGCCGACGUGCUCCCCCUCGCCGCGCUCGGUAAGCCGCCCGACGGUCUGCCCGCCGCCGCGUUCCCGGACGACGGGCGUGCGCGCUGGGACCACCACGGCGUGCACAGCGCGGUGCUGCCGCCGGGCCAGGACGUCGGGCAGACGUUGCCCGUGCUCGUGCUCGCCUGCGUCUGCUGCGUUGCGCUGUUCGUCGGCAGCCACCUGCUGAAGCGCUUCCGCACGAAGCCGCGUCGACGCAAGCCGCGCCUCAAGCGCAUCCAGCAGGCGAUGCAGCAUGGAGGCAGGAUGCCCGCCGUGUAGCGCGGAGGAAGGAUGCCCGCGGUGUAGCGCGGAGGAAGGAUGCCCGCGGUGUAGCGCGGAGGAUGCAGGAUGCCCGCCGUGUAGCACGGAGGAUGCAGGAUGGAGGCAGGAUGCCCGCCGUG